CCACCAUGGCCCAGCCGGGGACACCCGCCGCCUACAGCAGCCAGAAUGGGGCUGGCCAGCCGCAGCAGCAGCAGCCGUACAGCAACGGUCCUGUACAAAACCCAAUGGUGAAUUCAUCACGCUUACCAGGUGGACAGGGAUACAAUUCUUUUGUCCCAGGCAUGUAUUCUCAGCAAGCGCCUGCAAAGAACCUGGUGCAUACAUCUUCUGGACCCUAUAACUAUGGUGCACCUCAGAACGCUUCACCUUUUAGUAAUUAUCAGAGACCUGGGCAGACUCUUAAUCGGCCACCUAUUGGAUCUGCUUCUCCAGCAACAGCACAGCUGGGACCUGUUGCCCAGAUGCCUCCUCUAUCACAGAACUCAGCUGCUGCAUCAAGCUCUGCAGGUAGCUUUCAUUCUGGAGUUAAUCUUCCAGCACACUCAAACUGGCAGUACGGACAGGCUCCUUCAAUUCAGCCAGCAAUGGGCUCUCAGCCAAACCAUUUUGCUCAUGCAGGGGCAACUCAGCCAUUGUUACCUUCAUCAGGGAAUACAAAUCCAUCAGCAACCUAUCAUGUUUCUUCUGCUGGAGGUCCUCCAGUUCAAAACAGCUAUACAAAGCCAGGUUCUGUUCCUCUUCCAGGUAAUCAGCUAACAUAUUCACCAGUUAGACCUCCUUUAGGACCUCCUCCAGUUAGCAGUCCAGCCUCUACACGGCCCAUGGCUCCUCCAGCAAGCAUGACACCCCAAGCAUUACAGAAUUCAUCAAAUACACAAGGAGGUGAUCCUGCAUCCACUGCCAGUGAUGGAUUGUUGGUCCAGAACAAUUAUGAUACAAUAGAAGGAGGAGGCUUCUUGGCAACUGCACAUCCCCCUUCUGCUCCUCAGAAUCCUAAAACAAACAGACAUGUUGGAAGUGCUUAUCCCACCUUGCCACCAGGCUACCAGAAUGCAUCUCCAUCUGCAGGACCAAGAAUGCAGUAUCCAGGUGGAUCACCACAGUUUCCUCAACCUGGCUUGGGAGCAAAUUCCUUAGCUGCAUCUAUGGGUGGACUGAGCCUUCAGCCAGAAGGAUUAAGACCUAUUAAUCUUCUUCAAGACAGAAAUAUUCUCCCUGCAACCCCUUUGCAGGCACCUAUUCCGAACUUGCACGAAGAUAUCCAGAAGGUCAACUGCAAUCCAGAGUUAUUCCGAUGUACCUUGACUAACAUUCCUCAAACUCAGGCCUUACUGAACAAAGCCAAACUUCCUUUGGGGCUCCUGCUUCAUCCUUUCAAAGACCUAUCGCAAUUGCCUGUGGUAACCUCCAGUACAAUUGUGAGAUGUCGUAGCUGUAGGACAUACAUCAAUCCUUUUGUCAGCUUUCUUGACCAAAGGAGAUGGAAGUGCAAUUUAUGUUACAGAGUGAAUGAUGUUCCUGAAGAAUUUAUGUACAAUCCUGUGACAAGAGUUUAUGGAGAACCUCAUAAAAGACCUGAAGUUCAAAAUGCCACAAUUGAGUUUAUGGCUCCUUCUGAAUAUAUGCUACGUCCACCUCAGCCUCCUGUGUACCUCUUUGUGUUUGAUGUGUCACAUAAUGCAAUAGAAACAGGAUACUUGAACACUGUAUGCAAGACCGUGUUGGACAAUCUAGAUUUACUUCCAGGAAACACUAGAACAAAAAUAGGCUUUAUAACAUUUGACAGCACAAUCCAUUUCUAUAGCCUUCAGGAAGGUCUCUCUCAGCCCCAGAUGUUGAUAGUUUCAGAUAUUGAAGAAGUGUUUAUCCCAAUGCCGGAAAACCUACUAGUAAACUUAAAUGAAAGUAAAGAGCUAAUUCAAGAUUUAUUGAAAACUUUGCCUCAAAUGUUUACUAACUCCCUGGAAACUCAGAGUGCUCUGGGACCUGCACUACAGGCUGCCUUUAAAUUGAUGUCCCCCACCGGUGGUCGGAUUUCUGUCUUCCAGACACAACUUCCAACUGUAGGAGUGGGUGCGCUCAAACCUCGGGAAGAGCCUAACCAAAAAGCAGCUGCAAAGGACAUCCACCUUACGCCAUCUACUGACUUCUAUAAAAAGUUGGCCUUGGACUGUUCUGGACAGCAGGUUGCAGUUGACCUGUUCCUCCUCAGUGGCCAGUACUCUGACCUGGCUUCAUUAGGCUGUAUAUCGAGGUAUUCAGCUGGUAGUGUCUAUUACUACCAAUCUUACCAUCAACAACACAAUCCUCUUCUGGUGGAGAAACUACAGAAAGAGCUGAAACGAUACUUGACUCGGAAGAUUGGUUUUGAGGCUGUCAUGCGAAUAAGGUGUACGAAAGGCCUUUCGAUUCAUACCUUCCAUGGCAACUUCUUUGUACGGUCAACAGAUCUGUUGUCUUUACCCAAUGUGAACCCUGAUGCAGGAUAUGCGGUACAGAUGUCAGUAGAGGAGAAUCUCACAGACAUGCAGGUUGUCUGCUUCCAGUCAGCUCUCCUCUAUACAUCUAGUAAAGGUGAAAGGAGAAUUCGUGUUCACACUUUGUGCUUACCAGUUGUUAGCCAGCUGAGUGAUGUUUAUUUGGGAGCUGACGUGCAAGCAAUUAUCGGGCUGCUAGCCAAUAUGGCUGUUGACCGGUCAGUUACUGCUAGCCUGAGUGAUGCUCGAGAUGCACUGGUGAAUGCUGUAAUAGAUUCCCUGUCUGCGUACCGGUCCUCUGUCCUAACCAUUCAGCAGCCUGGACUCAUGGCUCCGAUUUCAUUACGUCUCUUCCCACUGUAUGUGCUGGCUCUCUUAAAGCAGAAAGCAUUCCAAACUGGGACAAACAUACGUUUAGAUGAUCGCAUCUUUACCAUGUGUCAAGUGAAGAACCAACCUUUAGUGUACCUCAUGCUUAUGAUGCAUCCUAAUUUAUACCGAAUUGACAAUCUCACAGACGAGGGAGCCCUCAACGUCAAUGACAGAAAAAUACCUCAACCUCCCAUUCUCCAGCUGUCUGUGGAGAAGAUAAAUAGAGAUGGUGCCUACCUUAUGGAUGCUGGCUCUGUGAUGUUUUUGUGGGUUGGAAAGAAUUGUGGACAGAACUUUAUCAGCCAUGUCCUUGGAGUUCCACACUAUGCAUCAAUACCACACAAUAUGACACAACUUCCAGAACUUGAUACAGCUGAGUCUUCUAGAAUGCUUGCUUUUAUCUCUUGGCUGAGGGAGCAAAGGCCCUUCUUUCCUAUAUUGUAUAUUUUAAGGGAUGAAAGUCCAUGGAAACCAAGUUUCCUGCAAAAUAUGAUAGAAGACAGAACAGAAUCUGCAUUAUCGUACUAUGAGUUCCUUUUGCAUAUUCAGCAGCAAGUGAAUAAAUGAGCCCCUUUCAAAGGACUGUUCCUGCAUACAGAACACUUGUGCUUGUAAUGCUCCUAUAAAGUUUUUGGCCUGAUGCAGUUGAUGAGAAUCUCACUGUGAUUUUCAGAAAGAAAGGAAAAACAAAGUAAAUAAAGGACCACCAAAUCCUGUACUUCAAACAAUUAAAAUCCAUUUGAACAUGUUGGAUGCCUUUUUAAUUUGCUGCAGAAUGUUUCACUGUAAGUAGCAUUAUAAAGGCAAUAUUGAAGAGAUGAACCUUUAUAAAAGAUUUUUUUGUCCAAAAUACUAUGUUUCUAACUUUUUGUUUUGUUUUUCUGCUUUGUUUUGCUGCUAUAUUUCAAACCUCCCAAGACUGAGUUGCAGGGAAACUAUAUUGUCUUGAUUUAUACAAUAUGUAUCACUAAUUUUUUUAAAAAUACAUUUUUAAAGAAGCAAUGAAACAAUUCAUUGUGAACAAAAUAUUUAAUGAACAUAGUUUCUAGUGCUUUUCAAAAUGGAUUAUGAUAAGCAAGGCAGAGUAAACAUGAAGGGAUCUGGCUGGAUUUAAAUGAAUAUGAAACAAUUCAUUUAAAAAGCUUUAAGAUGCACCAGUAUUCUAGUACCUGAAAGAACCAUGAACUUGCACUAUGUCCAUUGAGAAUUCUAAUCACAUGGCCUGAAUCGGCUACAAAAAUGGUGACCAUGGAUACUCGUCUUCGAUAGUAACAUGAUGCGUGUAAGUCUUAAUUCAUUAAUUGAAAGUAAAUAGGGGAACAGACUGUCCAACCAAAAGUCUUUGAUUGCAUUUGAUUAAAUAUAAAGUCACAUUUUUAUAUUCAGUUUAAGAUUUUUAAUACGAGUGCUUAAUGGUGACACUAAGCCAUAAUCAUCACGUUAAAAACAGUGUUGAGUAACUUGUAUAAAAUCCAGAUGAGCAUCUGACAUGCUGCCAUUUAAAAUUGAAAAAAAUGCAGGGAAGACUUUUUGUGGCUUUAAUGGAAAAAGAUUUCAGAAAUCCUGCUUAAUAGGCAAGAAUCCCAAGUUCUGCAUAGUAUAAGCAAGAAUAAUAAAUGUUAGUUUUACUCAUACCCAGGAAACUACUGUGAAAUAAAUCAUGGCAAACAGCAUUAGUGUUUUUUAUGAUAUGUCUGUGUAAAUUACCACACAAGCAGCCAGCAUUAGUAUCAUCCUUCAUCCAUAAUAGAACUUCAACUUGUAGCUGUCUUGGAUUUCUAUUUUUUCUUGCACCUCUUCUCCUCUCCCAAGAAAAGUGGAUCGGAAAUAUCUUUCCAUUGCACUUCUUCCUUGGUGUUCCUUUUGUGGAAUGAUACUUUGCAGCCAUUUUUCAGACUGUUGCUUUUGUUCAGUUAUAGAAGAUUAACUGAAAUGUCCUCAGUGACGGGCAUGGGUAAGCAUUACAUGCACAAAAAGCCACUAAUGUUCUCCAAAGAACUGUGGUGUUUAUAAACCAGCAUUUCGAAUCGGAAUACCAACUCUUAUCUACUUCUAACAACAUUGUCUGCUAAUCCAUCCGGUGUGUCAGAGUGGUCUAUAAAAAGUUGCUUAUAGAAUUGUUCACUUUCGUGUUACAGGUGUGUGUGUGGGGGAAUCUCCCUCUUCAAAAGGGAUUAAAAUACCCGUUGAAAUCUGCAAAAGAGAAGUUCCUUAUUGCUGGUGUCAUUCUUUUUUUUUAAAGUACAGUAGUAAUUCAGUUAUGGAAGUUGCUAUCAAGAACGAUAUGCACAUUUUCAGCAUGUGAUCAUAAUUUAGUGCCUGCUUGUGAGUACUGGAAUAUUAUUAUUUUGACCAUAGUUCCAUUGACUCUUCUAAACAAAAGUGUAGAAAAUAUACCAAAAACAAUUUGUGCAUAGAAACAGGCUUGUGUGCUUAGGUUAUUUUUCUGGUUCAGGCACAGGUACUGUGCAUGGAUCAUCCAGCACCCCUUGGGUGAAUAACUGCUCCUUAUGCUGCACACAUAAUAUUUUGAACAGAUAACUGGUGUCGCCAGGCUUGAUUGUACUCCUUGGGGUGGUGGGAGCCCUUCAAUGUAGCACCAUGCCCAGCUGUCUCCUGAGCACAAAGAUACUUAGUUUGAAGAGUGUGUCGCGGGGUGUGUGUAUUUCAAACAUGGUUUCACUUCAUGUAAGACAGGAUGAUAGGCCUUGACUGAACUAGCCUAACUGAGGGAGAAAAUGAUUUCAAGAAUAAAUCCCUAAUCUCCAUCUCUUUAACAAAAAUAAAAAAGAUGGUGAACACAUUAUACUGUCUGGAUAGGAAUGCUUUUUAGAAUGUUCAUACUCUUUUUUGCAAUAUUGAAUUUUCUAAUUUUCCUCAUGAUGGACAAAACUACAUCUGCUUCAAGUUGUAUUCCUUUUUAAUAAUAGGGAUUGCAGGGCAGACCCAUGUGUAAAAUUGCCUAUGCUAUACUUUUACUUAGAACUGUCUCUUUUAAGAUCUGUAACGACUUGACUAGGCAAGAAUGGCCCUGAUGCUUCCAUCUUAGUGUGGCAGUUCACAACAGAUGUUCUCUAUUUUUCUAGUUUUAAGAUUUUUAAACAAUUUAGUAUGAUUGAUGGAUAUGUUAAAUUCAGUCAGCAUCAAAACCAUCCAUUUUAAUUAGCCUUUACAUUUCUGUAAUUUCAUAAUUUGCAAUAAUGAUGUUUAUUUUUAUUCAAAAUUAAUUUAACAGAAUAUAUAAUCAUACAGAAUGUGAAGGGACCAUCAGAUGUGACAUAAAGCUUCUGUCCACCAGUUACAGAUUAAAUCCUUACGUAGUAAAUUUGAUUUUGUAAAGUAGUGUAAAAUAUUGUAAUAUUAAUCCUUGUUUUCUGAACUCAGACAUUGAUAUUCGGUGUGAAAUUGUAAACCAUGCUCUUCUGAAAUUGGAGGCAAGGUUUUACUUGUUCCCCUUUUUACAGUUUGUAAUUUUCACUGUUUUAUUCCUGUAUAAAGUCAUUUGUAACACAUGCAAAUGCUUAUUUUAGCUGUGCUAAUUUAUCAAAUUUGGCUACUCAAUAAAAUUAAUUGAAAGAGCUCA